GUCAGUACUGCUGCUCGUGCUGCCGCCCCACCAAUGAGGAGCAAGGAGGAGAAACUUAGCGCGUCAGUUAAGCUGUCAGUUGCUCUUGUGGUUAGUUAAAGAAAACAAGGUGGUGUCAGGAUAGAGAUGAGUGAUUUCGAAGGGUUCAGCAUCGAGGACAUGAUUAAUGUGAAACCGUUGAGAGGAGGUAAACCAGCUGACGUUUCACUGCACACUGAUAAACUUCAAAACCUCGAGCCUGAUACGGUUCCGUGCACUUCAGGUGGACAAAUGCACGAGCCAAAGGUUGAACAGCUGAUCGGAAAACUCGGGAAGCUUAAACAGGGUAAAAGAGCCCUGGAAGAAGAAAUUGAGAAGAUAAAGUCAGUCAGUGACUCACUGGAGAAGGAGCUGGAAAACUUACAAACUAAAGUCUUCCAACUGGAGGCAAUCCACAAAGAAAAGGAAGAGGUGUGCAAUAAGCUGCAGUUUCAGUGUGAAGAGUCUGAGCAGGACGCUACCAGACAUUUACAACUGAAUAAGAAAACUGAGGAGCUGCUGGAGCAGUAUAGAUAUGAAAUGCAAGAUGUCAAGCUUAAACACCGGAAACUGCGGAUGAGAUUUGAAAACCUGCUUCAUCAACUGAUUGACCAGCACAAAAAUCUGCACUAUGUCUUUACUCCAGAGAGACUCCCAGAUGAAUUAAAGAGUGUUGAGAAUACAAAGAGCCAGCUGUUGGCAGCUGAAAAACUAAAGCUCACUCAGCUGCACAACCUCGAUGAGGAGCUGGAAAAGAUAAAGAACCAGAAGCAGGCUCAGGAAGCAGCUGCAGAGACUCAGGAGUAAAUUUGAAUUCUGGGUAUUUCUGAUGUUUUUUCUCAUAUCAUAUAAUAUAUGUUCUGUACGGAUAAAUUCUGGUUGAUCUCUUAGUGUUUUUCACAUAGAGACAUGCUAUAUACUGUCAUCUGUUUGAUACUAGGUUAUUUAUUGUGUUCAUAUAUUUAAAAACUAUAAAGCCUGUUUGAAUUGUUGUAA